AUGUUACGAGUGCACUCAGCCUUGCCCACUUUAAAAAUGUUUCGCCCGAUAAUAGGGGCGCCAGUCUUGUACCUCUCGACAUGCUGGUGUCCUAGGCCUCUUCCGUCCGGGAUAUUAUCUCAUGUGAGAAUGCUCAGUACAUCUGCACGUCUACUCGCUAUGCGGUCUCCCAUUUUGACAAUGCCACAUUCAAGCAAACCAAGCUCCUCACAUGCUUUGACAGACCGCUCGUACAGUGCCGUCAAAGUCCAAAAGGCUGUUCCUGAAACAUUUUCCUCCAAGGUGGACAAAAAAGCACAAGCCGAACGCGUCAUUUCUAUUCUCGAGAAAGACGGUAUGCUGCCUAAGGAGCGCAUUCGUUCUGAAGUGAAUUGGUUUUACGAAGAUUUAGGAAUCGACAUUACCUAUUUUAUUCUGGAAAAUGCUGAAACGAUUGCUAGUCACAUUGUAUCACUUUACGCUGCAAAAAUUUCUGAAUAUGCCAAGAAUACGGGUCACAUCAAUAUUGAAUUGCAAAAGCGGACCAAUAACUCUGCAGUGUUCAUUCAUUCAAGUGAGCCUGGUGUAAGUCUGUCUGAAUCGCAAUGGGAACGCAAAAUUGAUGUCGAGUAUUUGAACAAGCCUGAUGUGAACCAUGCAUAUCGCCUGGAGUCAUAUCGUUCGACAGGUGUUGUCGCCGAAAAUGCACCAGAGCAGCUGCGUUGCUACUUUCUGCAAGAGUGCAACUUCGCUGAACCUGUCCCCAAUCUUUAUUCUGAGGCUGCCCGUGAUAUUCGCUCCGUUGCGGACAAGACAUUUUUAACGAAAACGAGUGAACCCAUUCUUAAAAUUUACGAGGAUGUAAUGCAACAGGCUCUUGAGCACGAUGGCCCUGCCAUCGAAAUGUUUCAGGUUGAAAACUCAUCGGAGCAUCAUAUUGUGGUGGGUUACCGCAUGGGAUCAACCUCAAACUUUUUUAGUGCUGUGACAGACUUGUGCCAUUACUACGGUCUGUACUCGACUAGAAAGUCUGUGGAACAUUUUAGUAACGGCAUUACUAUCAUGUCGAUUUAUCUUAAGCCGAUGCCGUCUGAGGCUCCACCGAUCAAUAUUAGUAUCUAUCGUGUGCUAGAGGAAGUAUCGCUCAUUUAUGCCUUACCAGACAAUCCUUUCUUCUCCGUGCAUGAAGGCGAAAGCAAACUUGGCGUUCAGGAGGCCACGUAUGCCUACGUUGGCUGGCUCUUUGCGCAGCAUUUUUGUAACCGUCUCGGCACGGCGUAUGAAGCUUUGCGCGAAAUUAUUGACGAAUCGGACUCUCACCAGCUUGCUAUUCUUCACGAUAUCAAGUUGCGUCUUCGCGAAGAAACUUUUACACGUCAAUCGAUCUUUGAGGUAAUAAAGAGUUUUCCUCACAUCGUCCGCUUGCUUUAUGCUCGAUUCUCCCACACCCACUACUCUCAACAAACUCACAUGACCAAUGAUGAACCUACGUCGGCUCACUACAAACUCAUGUCGGAAAAGCCAUUGUCGGAACAAGAAUUGUACGACACAAUUAUUGAAUCGGCUAGUAACUCCCAUGAGCGGCAAGUACUUCUUGCUCUGCUUGCCUUUAACAAGUCUGUUCUAAAGACGAACUUUUACACACCGACCAAGGUUGCCUUGAGUUUCCGGCUUGACCCUUCGUUCCUGCCCAAGUCCGAGUAUCCCAUACCUCCUUUUGGUGUUAUUUUCGUGGUGGGAUCCGAUUUCCGUGGUUUUCACGUUCGUUUCCGUGACGUCGCUCGUGGUGGUAUUCGUAUUGUCCGAAGUCGAAAUAAAGAGAACUACUCAAUCAAUCAGCGUACACUCUUCGACGAAAAUUAUGAUCUUGCGCGGACUCAGCAUCUGAAAAACAAAGACAUUCCCGAGGGUGGUGCCAAGGGCACGAUUCUGCCUAAUCUUGGGGCGGACCCUAGUCGAUGUUUUGAAAAAUAUGUUGAUUCGGUGCUCGAUCUUUUGAUUAAAGACACGUCUGGUAUAAAGGAACCUAUUGUUGAUCUAGUUGGCUCUGAAGAAAUUCUUUUCUUUGGACCUGAUGAGGGCACUGCGAACAUGAUGGACUGGGGCGCUGAACACGCUCGUCUUCGUGGUGCUCCAUGGUGGAAGUCAUUCACCACAGGCAAGACUGCUUCUACGCUAGGAGGCGUGCCUCACGAUGAGUUUGGUAUGACGACCCUGUCAAUUCGUCAGUACAUCCAUGGUAUUAUCAAUUUUUUGGGCUUAAAGGAAGAAGAUGUGACUAAGGUUCAAACAGGGGGUCCUGACGGUGAUCUCGGUUCUAAUGAAAUUCUACAGUCGAAAGACAAAACAGUCGCUAUUAUUGACGGAUCAGGCGUGCUUCACGACCCCAUUGGCCUUGAUCGCGGUGAACUGGUGCGUCUUGCCAAGGAGCGAAGGAUGAUUUCUCACUUUGACGUUUCGAAAUUGUCGCCCGAGGGUUAUCGUGUGCUUGUGGAAGAUCGUAAUGUGACGCUGCCUUCUGGUCAAGUGAUUACUGAUGGCUUUGCAUUCCGUAAUAGGGCCCACCUUCUGUUCAAAGCAGACCUUUUUGUCCCUUGUGGUGGCAGGCCCGAAUCCAUCAACAUCUCGAAUGUUAACGAAUUGAUCAAAGACGGAGAUAAGUGCAACUACAAGUACAUUGUUGAAGGUGCCAACUUGUUUAUCACGCGUCAAGCUCGCUUGGAACUUGAAAAGCACGGUGUUAUUCUUUACCCUGAUGCUAGUGCCAACAAGGGCGGCGUCACGUCUAGCAGUCUAGAAGUGCUUGUGGGUCUGAGUCUCUCUGAUGAAGAAUACAUUUCUAACAUGCUUUUUGUUGACGGAAAACCAACACAGUUCUACAUGGAUUAUGUGCGUGACAUCCAAAUGAAUAUAGCGCGUAAUGCGUACAGUGAGUUUGAGGCGAUUUGGCGUGAACAUAAGGACACGGGCAAACCGCGCUCGCUGAUUUCUACUGACAUGUCCAACGCACUAAAUCGUCUGUCUCUUCAGAUUGAGAACACAAACCUCUUUGACCAAGAGGUACUUAGAAGCAAGAUUCUUAAGCUCGUGUUCCCUGAAACGCUUGUGAACAAGGUCGGUCUUGACGUCCUCGUCAAGCGUGUGCCUAAAUCAUAUUUAAAGAGUGCGUUUGCUGCUCAAGUUGCUGCAGGCUUUAUCUAUGCCAAAGGUCCUCGGGCAAGCUAUGUGGACUUCUACGACUACGUCUCUGCGUUACUUCAGAGUUCUUAA